GUUCUAAUGUUAACUAUCGCUGGGGUGGCUGGGGUCACUGGCCAGUUUAGCUGCAACAGCCUUGCGCCUCAGUGCAGCUGCUCAAGCUACCCUGACACCUUCUAUGAGCUGCUAUGUCCCCAGUUCAUGGUUAGAUUCAGCUUCAACGACAGAGUAGACCUGCAGUGCAAUUCUAUGGAACGCUUGGACUAUACAGUUCUUUCUGGUCUUCGAUUCGGAGAUGUUCAGAUGUUCAUGUUGAGUUUGUGUCCACUGCCUAAUGCAUCGGUCAGGGUGGUCAUGGACAGCAUUGGAAUCAACAAAAUCGAAAUGCUCCAAAUCCAAUCUUAUCGAAAUCUAAGUGACUCAUUGCAGAAGAAACACUUCGAGAAGCUGUCUGAUGUUACCAAACUCAGCUUGAGCAACAAUGGAUUAAGAUACUUACCUAGUGAUUUAUUUGAAGACAUGGGAAAUCUCACGUGGUUGGAUUUGAAAUUUAAUAAUAUAAUUUUACCCAAAGAGAUAUUUUACUCUACCCCUAAACUGGAAGUUCUCGAGUUGGGAAGGAAUAAUCUGACUCAUUUGCCACCAGGUAUUUUCAAGAAUUUGGAUCGCCUAAAACUGUUACAACUAUGGUCAAACAACCUAGUCAAUCUCACAAGAGCUGUAUUCUCAGAUGUACCAAACUUAUUACAUUUAGAUUUGAACACAAAUGGAUUAGAAACAAUUAGACUAGAUCUUUUUGCAGACUUAGUGAAGUUGAAAACACUUAAUUUAUAUGGGAACUAUUUUAAUAGUCUGCCCCAAGGGUUGCUGUCAAGAAAUAUUGACUUAGAAACGUUUCAAAUGCAAGAAAACAAAGGAUAUUUGUUAACCUUACCAUCAGGAUUAUUGUCAAAUCUGACCAAAUUAAAAGUUGUUAGAGUAAGUGGAUGCAAGCUUACAUAUUUGCCUGAAGAUGUCUUCUCUGGAUCAAACCGUAUUGAAAACCUAUACUUGAAUCGUAACUCUUUGAGUAGUUUGGGAGAAAAUAUAUUUUUAGACCUUGAAGACCUUGAAGUUCUGGACUUAAGUGAAAAUGUUAUGACUCAUUUACCUAAAAAACUUUUUCCACUACAAAGAGAUUGGAAACUUUAAAACUUGACCACAAUCGACUGGUAGA